GGUUACUCUCCUCUAGCUUUAGAAAUUUUGCAGCACGGUAAAGGCAAGAUCGGUGCCCUUUCAAAACGGUAACUCUUUGCCUUAAAAGGAUGCAGGGAUCCUUCCUCUGGCAAAACAACUGCUUUGGCACUCGGAUAUUUACAGCCUAGCCAAGCUUGCGUGCUUUUCAAGAGGCGCGCAUAGCAAAACCGUCUGAGCGCGCCCAACGAGUGUUCACUGCGAAAGGCAGCGUAAGGAGAAGAGUCUAGCCUGCAGCAGAGCCUUCCCGCGCCGAGGCCAGCCUGUGCUCCGCCCUCCGGCUCGUUGCCACCGGUGGCCAGGCGCUCCCUGGGUGGGGCGGCGGCCCGUGCAGAUGCGCCGGGCCACGCGGGGCCGCUGCUGCAGCCGGCUGGGCGGUGCGCCCGGGCAGCCUCAGCCGUGCGCCGCGUCGCUGUAAUCGGACACCGAGCGCUCGCCCCCGGCACCCGGCCACUUGCCAUUCACUCCGAGGUGCGGGGUUGAGCGACGUGGAGAAGGGCUCCGGGUGCCGCGGCUCUGCCGCCUUGGAUUCUGCUACAAAGAAACUCAGCACGGACCGGCAGGAAUCCUACCCUCCGGACUCUCUUAAGUCUUUAAAGGUCUUCUGGGGAAAGGACCUAGGGGACUGGGAAUCCGAGCCCCGAGCAAGUGGCUGACUUCUCUGGAUCUUUUCCCACCUCGGUAUUUUUCCUUGGAUAUUAAUUUCCAAAUCAGAAGAAAUGGCAUUCCGGGCGAUUUUUGUGUUGGUUGGAGUAUUUAUUUGUUCCAUUUGUGUCCGAGGAUCUCCCCAGCCCCAAGCAAGAGUUUAUUUAACAUUUGAUGAGCUUCGAGAAACCAAAACAUCUGAAUACUUUAGUCUUUCUCAUCAGCAGUUAGACUACAGAAUAUUAUUGAUGGAUGAAGAUCAAGACCGGAUAUAUGUGGGGAGCAAAGACCACAUCUUGUCCUUGAAUAUCAACAAUAUCAGUCAAGAACCUUUGAGUGUUUUCUGGCCAGCAUCAACAAUCAAAGUUGAAGAGUGCAAAAUGGCUGGCAAAGAUCCUACACAUGGCUGCGGGAAUUUCGUCCGGGUUAUUCAGACCUUCAACCGUACUCACCUGUAUGUCUGUGGGAGUGGAGCAUUCAGCCCAGUGUGUACCUACCUGAACCGAGGAAGGAGGUCAGAGGACCAAGUUUUCAUGAUCGACUCUAAGUGUGAAUCUGGAAAAGGACGAUGUUCUUUCAACCCCAAUGUGAACACUGUGUCUGUUAUGAUCAAUGAGGAACUCUUCUCGGGAAUGUAUAUAGAUUUCAUGGGAACAGAUGCUGCUAUUUUCCGAAGUUUAACUAAGAGGAAUGCAGUUCGAACUGAUCAACAUAAUUCAAAAUGGCUGAGUGAACCCAUGUUUGUGGAUGCACAUGUGAUCCCAGAUGGCACUGAUCCAAAUGAUGCUAAGGUCUAUUUCUUCUUCAAAGAAAGACUGACUGACAACAAUAGGAGCACAAAACAGAUUCAUUCCAUGAUUGCAAGAAUAUGCCCUAAUGACACUGGUGGACAACGUAGUCUUGUCAACAAGUGGACCACGUUCUUAAAGGCAAGACUUGUAUGCUCAGUCACAGAUGAAGAUGGCCCAGAGACACAUUUUGAUGAACUAGAGGAUGUGUUUCUGCUGGAAACCGACAAUCCAAGGACAACACUGGUGUAUGGCAUCUUCACUACAUCAAGCUCUGUUUUUAAAGGAUCGGCAGUGUGUGUUUAUCAUUUAUCUGAUAUACAGACUGUAUUCAAUGGGCCUUUUGCCCACAAGGAGGGGCCCAAUCACCAGCUGAUAUCCUAUCAAGGUAGAAUUCCAUAUCCUCGUCCUGGAACUUGCCCAGGGGGGGCCUUUACACCCAAUAUGAGAACCACCAAGGACUUCCCGGAUGAUGUUGUCACUUUUAUUCGGAACCACCCUCUCAUGUACAAUUCCAUCUACCCCAUUCACAGAAGGCCUCUAAUUGUCCGCAUAGGCACUGACUACAAGUAUACGAAGAUAGCUGUGGACCGUGUGAACGCUGCUGAUGGACGAUAUCACGUUCUGUUUCUGGGGACAGAUCGGGGCACUGUGCAGAAGGUCGUUGUCCUUCCUACCAAUAGCUCUGCCAGUGGGGAGCUCAUUCUGGAGGAGCUGGAAGUCUUUAAGAAUCAUGUUCCCAUAACGACAAUGAAGAUUUCAUCGAAAAAGCAACAGUUGUACGUGAGCUCCAAUGAGGGGCUUUCCCAAGUCUCUCUACAUCGAUGCCAUAUUUAUGGCACAGCCUGUGCGGACUGCUGCCUGGCAAGGGAUCCAUACUGUGCCUGGGAUGGCCACUCUUGCUCUAGGUUCUACCCCACUGGGAAGCGGAGGAGCCGAAGACAAGACGUGAGACAUGGGAACCCAUUGACACAAUGUCGAGGGUUCAAUCUGAAAGCAUACAGAAAUGCAGCUGAAAUUGUUCAGUAUGGAGUGAGAAAUAAUAGCACUUUCCUUGAGUGUGCUCCCAAGUCUCCACAGGCAUCUAUCAAGUGGUUGCUGCAGAAAGACAAAGACAGGAGGAAGGAGGUUAAACUGAAUGAGCGCAUUAUAGCCACUUCCCAAGGACUACUGAUUCGCUCUGUUCAAGAUUCUGACCAAGGACUCUACCACUGCAUUGCCACUGAGAACAGCUUCAAACAGACCAUAGCCAAGAUUAACUUCAAAGUUUUAGAUUCAGAAAUGGUGGCCAUUGUGACAGACAAGUGGUCCCCAUGGACAUGGGCUGGCUCUGUGAGGGCUCUACCCUUCCAUCCAAAGGACAUCCUGGGGGCAUUCAGCCACUCGGAAAUGCAGCUUAUCAAUCAGUAUUGCAAAGACACCCGACAGCAGCAGCAGCUGGGUGAAGAACCACAGAAGAUGAGAGGGGACUAUGGCAAGCUGAAGGCUCUCAUCAACAGCAGGAAAAGCAGAAACAGGAGGAAUCAGCUUCCAGAGUCAUAAAACCUUCAUCCAUGGACUUUUGCUUCCAGGAACAAAUGCUCUGUCUUCACUAGUCAACUCUUAAGUAAAAUCUUGUGCUUUACCCAUGAGAAAUUGCUGACAAAAGCUGGAGACUCACUCUAAAGUGUGCUCUUUGUGAACUGAGAUGAGCAUGCAUUUUCUUGUAUGAUACAGACUAGCACUAGACAUGUCAUGGUCCUCAUGGUGCAUAGAAAUAUUUAACUUAUCCCAGAUUUUAUUUAUAUCUUUAUGUGUCUUUUUUUUCAACAUCAAUGCAACAACACAAGCAGAACUGUUACCCCCUCAGUUGAGCGAGGGCCAUAAAUUACCCUGUGCUGUUCCCUCUGUGCUCUAGGGGUUUAGCUUUCUAAUUGUCACUGGUUUUUAUACAUGAAAAAGAAUUCCAGUUCACAGUUUUCACAUAGUAAAUGUCAUAUAAACGUGUGUGAUAUCCAAUGUCAUGUAGGUUACACAAAUGACAGGGAAGAAAGCAUCCAGAUGUUAUGUAAAGUCAAGAGUGACUCAUAAGGAGAAAGUGAUGAGUUCAUAUGCUUCCAGUGAUUUAUAUUCUUGCUUAUUCCUUUGUUUAAGAUUGUAAGAUGUGUUGGUUGCUGAUAUCUGCCAUCAAUCUUUGUUCUCUUGUUUCAGAAAGAAAAAAUGAAUACCCUGUACCAUUCAGGCCUUUGAUGGGAGAUCUAUCAGUGAGACAAUGACAUUUCUACUGUUAUGUUAUCAUCUUCCAAACAAAAGCACCUUGGUUUUUUUUUUUUUGGAAGCUAUUUAAGUUAUUAUAGACUAACAUAAACUCUUGCAUUAUUUAAUUGAUUUACUGUUUUGGUUUUAGUCCCCUAGUCUACCUGGAAGAUUAAAGAAAACAGGGAUGCAAUAUUAUUAAAGCAUGCAACUUUUCCAUGCAGAGUAGAGCUAUCCAAAUGGAAAGGGAAGAUCAAAGCAUACAAUUUGCCAUGUAAAGAAAUUAGUAACAUGUCGCUGUUUUCUAUCAUGAUUUGUAAAACAUAUCUGUGAUGAGGAGCUUAUUAUUACAUCAAGAAAGAAAAUCUCAACAAGUUAUAAACAAAACAGACUUCUCAUAAAGAAUAUCUAUUUUCACCCAGACAUUCUUUUCCACUUGAUAAUACUUCUUUAGGAAUGUUAAUACACAUGUUCAGGGACUUGUGUAACCAUUGAGAAAUUUUAGUACUAUCUUCUAAUUAUAUACUUGGAUUGUUUUAUGAGAAAAGUAUAAUACUAAAAUUAGUUUCUCCAAUUUAAAUGGACAAAAUAUAGGAGAUUUUCUUAUAUGUCUUUUAAUUAUACAACUUUCACUUUAUUUAAUUUCAUUUUAAUACAUUUAUGUUUUCAGGUAAAAAGAGAAAUUUUACCAAACACUAUUGAAACAUACUUCUUAUUAACAGUUCAUCUAGAACAUAAUUAAAAGGGAUCUACAUCAUUUUAUAAUGUUGUGUAAAAAUCUCCAGGAAGUAAAAUUAUGGAUAGGAGUGUAAGUUGAUAGUAGACUAUGUGUUUAGCAUGCACAAAGGCCUGGCCUCAAACAAAAUGAAAGGAAUAAAGGUAUCGAGGAAGGAGAGCAGACAGGAAAAAGAACAGACAGACUAGAGAGAAGGAGGGCAGAAAGGAGGAAAAGAUGGCAAAGAAAGAUGGAGAGAGUACAUUCAUUAUCAGAAGAUUAAAAAAAAAGGUGGCUAAAAGAUGGUCAAUUCUGGUGUUCUUAAUAGUGCACCUCAGUGAUGUAGAAAACAACAGUUAAAAUAGAGAGCAUAACUGUACCCAAAUGUGUACAAUGCUCCAAUAAUCUAUAGUGUUAGCAUAUACAAAUGGUUAGCAUGUUUAAAAUGUUCACACUUUGGUGUUUCUUUAGAUAUAAAAAUAGCAGUGCGUUCACAUGCAAUGCUAACACCAUCCUCUGUGUCUGGAAUUAAUCUGUUGUAUGAACAGAGCGAAAGUAAAAUGACUUCCAAAGCACUGUUCCCCUUGCCUACUUAGCUGCAAACUGUGUCACUGAUGUUUAGUUCUAUGCUAUUAUUUGCUCUAUUUAAUACUUCCUGGGGUUUUUUGUACCAUAAUUACAUUUUAAAUCUUCAUUUCUUUUCAUUUAAAGAUAUAGAAAUUACUGUUCAGCUUAACCUGGCCAAAAGUAAAACAUGUGUUUCUCAAAGACAUAAUACAUAAUGAAUAUGGGUGAUUAUUUGUUUUUAUUUUUUGUUUACUUGGGAAAAUUGAUGAUUUAACAUGUUUUUCUUUUGUAUUGUACAUAAAAUUACCUAGAAAUGCACUUUUUCCCCAAAAUGUAGGUUCGUGACUAGAUUUAGCAUGAUGAAGCUGUCUUUACAGUGAAUGCUCACCCUGUGUAGAGAAAGCAAACUAGCUGUGGUUACCACAUGAGAAUUUAAUUAGAUGUUGAACAAAAUUGUAUGUCUGGAAAAAUAAAACAUUUAAUUCCUCCAA